UUGACUCUCCCGAGUGACUGUGCAAACGGGCCACGCCUGUGCGACGCCAGCUGUCAGAGCCGUGCGGGGGGCGUGGGGGCUGGGAAUUGACUCUAUUCAUCGACCCGCAGUCGCAAUCCCCACGCACUGAGAAAACCCUGACUUUGCCGAGGCCCAGGUGCAGCGAGGCUCUGCAAAGAAGGCACCUUUCUCCGCCCCCAUCCCAAUCCAAGCGCCUCUGGCUCUGACGACGCCUAGAGACUCCAGAGUGGGCGCUAAAGUUCCCAGACCUGGCAACAGGUGUCCAGGGCGGGCCUCCGACUUCCUGGAGACACUUAGGUUGCGGUCUUGAAUCCCACAAAGGCCCCAAUCCGUCCUCGGAGCCGGCCGUCUGGCGCUGCUGGAAACCGCGCCGCCUUGCAGCAUGGCCACCAGCCUCAGCCCGGACGAGCAUCUGCCGCCUAUCCCUCUGUCGGCCCAGCAGACCACGCUCCUGUUGCUGCUCUCGGUGCUGGCCGCGGUGCACGUGGGCCAGUGGCUGUUGAGGCAGCGGCGGCGGCAGCCGGGGUCCGCGCCCCCGGGUCCCUUCGCUUGGCCGCUGAUCGGAAAUGCGGCGUCGAUGGGCCCGGCGCCUCACGUCUCGUUCGCACGCCUGGCGCGGCGCUACGGCGACGUCUUCCAGAUCCGCCUGGGCAACUGCCGGGUGGUGGUGCUGAACGGCGAGCGCGCCAUCCGCCAGGCCCUGGUGCAGCAGGGCGCCGCGUUCGCCGACCGGCCGCCCUUCGCCUCUUUCCGCGUGGUGUCUGGUGGCCGCAGCCUGGCUUUCGGCCAGUAUUCGGAGAGCUGGAAGGCGCAGCGGCGCGCGGCGCACAGCACGAUGCGAACCUUCUCCACGCGCCAGCCGCGCGGCCGCCGGGUGCUCGAGGGCCACGUGCUGGGCGAGGCGCGGGAGUUGGUGGAGCUGCUGGUGCGCGGCAGCGCGGGCGGCGCCUUUCUCGACCCGCGGCCGCUGACCGUGGUGGCCGUGGCCAACGUCAUGAGCGCCGUCUGCUUCGGCUGCCGCUACAGCCACGACGACGCCGAGUUCCGAGAGCUGCUCAGCCACAACGAGGAGUUCGGGCGCACGGUGGGCGCGGGCAGCCUGGUGGACGUGCUGCCCUGGCUGCAGCGCUUCCCCAACCCCGUGCGCACUGCCUUCCGUGAAUUUGAGACGCUCAAUCGCAACUUCAGCAACUUCGUCCUAGACAAGUUCCUGAGGCACCGUGAAAGCCUUCGGCCCGGGGCCGCCCCCCGCGACAUGAUGGACGCCUUCAUCCUCUCGGCGGCAAAGGAAGCUGCCCCGGGCUCUGGCGACGGCGGCGCGCGGCUGGACGAAGAGUACGUGCCGGCCACCGUCACAGACAUCUUCGGCGCCAGCCAGGAUACUCUUUCCACCGCGCUGCAGUGGCUGCUCGUCCUCUUCACCAGGUAUCCGGAAGUGCAGGCACGGGUACAGGCAGAACUGGAUCAAGUGGUGGGUAGGGACCGGCUGCCCUGCCUGGACGACCAACCCCACCUGCCCUACGUCAUGGCCUUUCUUUAUGAAGCCAUGCGCUUCUCCAGCUUUGUGCCCGUCACCAUUCCUCACGCCACCACGGCCAACGCUUCUGUCUUGGGCUACCACAUCCCCAAGGACACGGUGGUUUUUGUUAACCAGUGGUCCGUGAAUCAUGACCCAGUGAAAUGGUCUAACCCAGAAGACUUUGAUCCAGCCCGAUUCUUGGACAAGGAUGGCUUCAUCAACAAGGACCUAGCCAGCAGUGUGAUGAUUUUUUCAGUGGGCAAACGGCGGUGCAUCGGGGAAGAGAUUUCCAAGAUGCAGCUGUUUCUCUUCAUCUCCAUCCUGGCUCAUGAGUGCAAUUUCAGGGCCAAUCCAGACGAGCCUUCGAAAAUGGAUUUUAAUUACGGCCUGACCAUUAAACCCAAGUCAUUUAAAAUCAAUGUCACUCUCAGAGAGUCCAUGGAGCUCCUUGAUAGUGCUGUCCAAAAGUUACAAGCUGAGGAAGACUGCCAGUGAGAAGCCAGAGGCAAGCAGAAAUUUUAUAAGUACACAAGUCUUGGGGGAUGGAGAGUAAAAUUAAGGUUUUGUUUUUUUUUCCUAGCUCCUCCAUGCCACUUUCUCAAUUAGCCUCUAAAGUGAGCAUAAACCAACUGACCCGCAGAUGAUGUGCUUUGCACACAUGUCCUCAGAGCAGUGGGCUGUGUAGGCGCUCCAGUAGAUAUUUUGAGUCAAAGAAUUAAAGGACCCAAAGAAUUUUUAUACAUAUAUUGAAUGUUGGUAAUAAUAAUUUCUUGAGGGAGCAUUCUUUGGAGUUAAAACACACAUGUGCAUAUAUACAGAACUACCUAAUAAAGAAGCAUUUUAGUAACCAUGCCUUGUCGGGUGGGAUCCAAGAUUGAUGUUCUGUGUGCUGAAGUCUGCUCCAUAGAAAACCGUAUUAAGCAAAGUUUCAGGAAAUAUUGUUGAAUAUGCAAAGGCAAAUUCAGUGUAAGACAUGUGAUUUGGGGUGAUAAGGGAAAAAGUAAAGACCAGAAAUUCCCUUCUCACCUUUUCAAUAAAAUAGCUUAGUUAGGCUCUAAUAUCUGUGGAUGGAUUUAUCUUUUUGCCAACUGAUGUGCUUCCUGUUACUUUUCUGGAUGAGUCAUAAAGUUAUUUGCUUGGAAAGAAAUUAAUAGCAGUUGAUUUAGUGGGUUUCAGUGAUUUCAUGAAUUUUAAAGUGUAAAUUGUUAAAUUGUAAAAAAUUCCAAGCUGAAGUCAUACCGCUCUUGGUUGCUGAAGUACGGAAUUUCAAUCAUGAGAAAAAAAAAUUUACCAGCUUAGCUAAGCUUUAAGUUGUGUGAUUGUAAUGUACUGACUUCAGUAAAUCUCAUAGGUUAAAAAGUCACCAAGUAGUGUUCAAUAUGGGUACAUAUAUUACAUAAUUAUUCAGAAGCAAUAUGUAUUAGUUAUUUUAUUAUUAAACAGUUAGUAUUAAUUAUUUUGGUCAAGAAAGGGUUGAAAAGUGUCUUUUAUAACGUCAUAGCAAAUAGAAAAGUACAACUAAUUUAACCAAUUUUGGUUCAAAUACAUGGUAUGACCUUGAUUAAAUCAACUGUUUUUGACAUCAUGGAAACCAAGUUGAAGCAAAGUCUCUUCUCUCAUCCAAAAUUUGAAUGAAAAAUCUCAAAAUUAGAUCUGCAAGAUGUGUUCCUCAUCACUUUACAACAUGCUUAUUAAAAUUAUAUUCACAAUACAGAAUCUUUUUUUGAAAUUGAUCUAGUUAAUAUGUUUUAAUUCCAAACUCUUGACAUGCUUAAAUUUUAAU